CCGGCUGAACAAUAGUCAGCAGAGUGAAGGAACCCUUUAGGUCCACACCGCAGACCCAGUGGGCCCGGAGGAUGACAGUUUAGACAGACCGCUCAUAAGACUGAAAAAAGGGAAGUGAAAGUGUGGCUGCGUGAACACGACGAACACACACAUCAAGAUAAACUGGUAACCAUCUGAAAAGCUCCCUUUUUUUUUCUUUUUGCACUGCUCUUGCUUCAACAGAGAUGGAUUCUGAUGCCGGUUCCACCUGCAGCCGCUCCUCAUCACCAGACCUGAUCGUGGAUGACUCGACCGAGAGCUUCUUCUCAAACAAGAUGUUUCAGACAUACUGCCAAGAAAACCGGUCGCCCAGAGAGGCCGACCAAAGCGGUGGCGGUAAGGCCAAAACUAGAUCUCAGCUCAGCAAGGAAGAGGUGCAAGACCUGAGACUGAAAGUAAACAGUCGGGAGCGGAAGAGGAUGCAUGACUUGAAUCAGGCCAUGGAUGGGUUGAGAGAGGUCAUGCCCUACGCUCACGGGCCAUCAGUCCGCAAGCUAUCAAAAAUCUCCACCUUGCUACUGGCUCGAAACUACAUUCUUAUGCUGUCCAGUUCUUUGGAGGAGAUGAAGAAGCUAGUGGGGGACGUGUAUGGGGCCAACGCUGCCGUCCAGGGUCGCACUGCCCACCCAGCGAUCACCCCAGGUGCAUCGCCUGCUCACCUCCCCCUGCAUCCUCUGGCGCAGUCCCUACAUUCUCUCGUAGGCACCGCCCCGCACCACUCAUCCACUCCAGCCCCAGCAGCAGUUGCAUCCCCACACUCGCCUCCGUCCACCAGCUUUCUUGGGUUUCACGCUCCAGUCCAAGGCCUUCUGAAGGACCCGCUCCAUCUGACCAGCUCCUACAGGCAUUUCCCUGGCAUGCCCUGCCCAUGCUCACUCUGCCAAACUUUACCCACGCCAACCUCUUCAUUGCACAGCUUGGCAAUGAACAAGUAACUGUAAAAUUGACUACAGUACUACUGUAGUAUCAGCACGAGGGACCAAGCAGCUUAAAGACACUGCACAAACUGAGGACUUGAGGACUGCCUUCACAAUUUGUACUUAAUAUACAUUUUCUGCCAUGCAAAGAGGUGCUAUUUUUAUGACCAGUCUCUUGUGUCUUGCUUGAAGAGAAAUAUUUUAAAUGCAAAAGGGAUUUUUAUCAGUGGAGCAAACACUGUA